AUGGACAAAGUUAACACUGCCUUGCGGGGCCUUCUGUUCUUUAUCCGCGUCAUACAAUGGACCAGCGCUGUUAUUGUCAUGGGCAUUGUAUCAUAUUUCCUUCGUAGGUUUCCUAGAGGCCUGCAUACGAAGUAUGAGGAAGUUAUUGCUGUACUAUCCGUUAUCUUCUUCGUCCCGGGAUUGGUGUCACCGUUCUUCCCUCGAGUUGGAGGAGUCUCCUUUCCCAUUGACAUUAUAUUCUCUUAUCUAUGGUUAACCUCCUUUAUCUUCACGGCUCAAGACUACAACGAGAAUCCAUGCUUCUUAUUCGGCCCUCCAGGUGCACGUUGCUCAACCAAACGCGCCAACGAGGCAUUUACAUUCCUUGCUUUCUUCGCUUGCCUAUCCGCGGCCAUGCUGGAAAUUUAUAAUCUCUGGUCGUAUCAUCAGGACCGUAACCGCCCCGCGGUCCACCAGGAAAAGAGAGAGGCCCCGAGUCAGUCUGCGGAAGGAGAAGCGACCGUGUAA